AUGAGCCUAGACGUCACCAAUGACCUCAUAACGCUCAGCCUUCCACAGACCAUCAGCACACCCCUCCAGCCUAGGCUAGCUGGAAACAAGACCUUUGAGGCGGAGCUCAUCAAAGCUCAGUUCCACGAGGACUCGUGGCAGGCCUGCGUGUCUCUGCUAGUCGGGAGGAGUCCAGAGGAAGAGAAGCAGCUCAUCAGCCCCCUGGCUAGAGCCGUGCUCAAGCCACAACGGAAACUUUUCACCAUUCUAUCCCGGGACAACGUUCUCCUGAAGAUACGUGAACUGGGAAAUCCUAGAGCAAAGAAAUCCGAUCAUCUUCCCAUGUUCUACGAGAUCACUGAGGCUGCUAAAGCGUUGAUGGAUGCAGGAGAGGAGAUUCCUUGUAACCUGAUGACUGAAGUACUGAAGUUCAUGCUGCUGCAGAUCAAAGCCAGCGAUGAGCACAGGAGAGAGGGAGAGCAGGUGAGUGGUGCUAGGGGUGGGUGCAAUUAAUCGAUGUGGCGAUGCAUCUAAAAGCUUAACAUGUUGUUUCGGCAUCGAUUAAUGAACGUCGAUGCUUAAAAAAACAUAACAUCAAAGUUUUGUUGCGAAGCCAGUACUAAAAAAAAUAAAAACACGUAACCGGAGCCUGAACGCGCGCGUCGCCCAGACUGUUAAGUG